AUGGCUACUAUGCGUUCUAUCUGUCCCUGGUUCCCGCUGGUAAUAGUAAUAGGCACAGGCCCAACAGGCCUCCUCCUCUCCCUCCUCCUCGCCAAACACUCAAUCCCCGUCCUCACCCUCGACAAAUCAACCUCCCUCUGCCCCCUCCCGCGCGCAACCCACUACGGCCCCCCGCCAACCACUAGGCUCGGGACGGACAACCCGGACCGGAUUUCUUGUCUGCCGCUGAAUCAGCUGUGUAAGCUUGCGCUGGAGGACUUGGAGCGGGAGCCGGGGGCGGAGGUGAGGUGGGGGCGUGAGGCGGUUGUGAAGAUGAGGACGGAGGACGGGGUGGAGGAGUUUAUUAUCCGGAGAGAGUUGUUUGGGGAUGAGUUUCCUGGGUAUACGUGGGAUUUGCAAAUCAUUGCUACAAACGUGAACUCCAACUUUGUCAUCUACCCAACAGACUACUUCAUGGCCGCCAAAAUCCAAGACGACGGCCUCUGGCGCGUCAGCUACGGCGAGGUCCCCGGCCUCAGCCACGACGAGUACCGCCGCCGCCAGCCCGCAAAAUACGAGACCAUGCUUCCUGGGAACCCGAAGCCGGACGACUACCGAAUUGUCAACCUUAGUCCGUACAAGGUACACCAGCGUCUCGCGCCGCGGAUGCGCGUGGGUAGGUUCAUCUUGGCUGGGGACGCUGCGCACUUGUGUAACCCGUUCGGCGGCAUGGGCCUCACAGGUGGUCUCGUCGACGUCGGCGACCUCUUCGACUGCCUAGCAGGCAUCCACGACGGCCGAGCCGACGACGACAUCCUCGACAAGUACGACCACUACCGACGAGAAAAGUACAACCAGUUCACGAACCCGAUCUCCGAGGCAAACCUCAAGAGAAUGGCGUCGGACCCGGACGAGGUCGAGGCCAACGACCCGGGGAUCGUAGCCAUGCGCGAGGCGGAUAAGACUGACGAGGCUGCCGUCGCGUUUCAGCUGGGUGUGUUGGGGCUGGCUCAUGAUAUGACACAGUAUUACAAGAAGUAG